GAUGUUUGAAGACCCGGCCGUGAUAAGGAUAGUGGAGGGACGACCGAGCCUCAUGAGUCUGGACAGCGCCAUAGUGGACUGUGGACACGCCGUGUUCAGGAACACUUCUGUGGAUGAUAGGACGACGCCUCCUUACUGGAAAAACCGUAGAGUUUCUGGAUCAAUACUCCAGGACAGCGCCAUAGUGUGUGUGAUCAGUCACAGAGGGCGGGGUCAGCAUGUGAACUCUGACUUCCUGGAUCUACCAUAUCCCGUCUCUUCCUACGGAGUCCAUAGAGGAGGACCCAGAAGAUCGUACUCCAGGAGGGUGUUUGGCCAAAGAGGGCCCUCUCAGAUUAAUGCACCAGUGAUGCCAAGAUCACCCAUCUUCUCACGGCAACCCUUGACCCCACGACAACACUUGAAUCAGACGGGAAGAUUCAUGUUCCCUCCAAACCACUCUUGCCCCUCCACUCCUCGGCCUCUGAUUCCAAAGACCAUGCAGCUUCGCUUCGGUGCCAACUCUCCCAGACCGUCCCCGUUUUACAGCCCGUCCACCAACCCGGUGCAGCCGUUCAGCAGUUUCCCCGGUCCAGUCACGCAGCUCCAUCCUCAACAUAAACAGCUUCUCAGUCAAAAGCAGCGUCUGUUUCACAGAAAAUGUGAAGGCUGGGACCCUUACUCUAACCUCAUGACGGACAAAGAAAAGGAGUGGAUCAUCCGCCUGCAGAUGAUUCAGCUGCAAAGCGAGAAUCCGUACCUCGAGGACUAUUAUUACCAGGAGUAUUAUCGUCGAUUAGAAGCCAAGAUGGCUGAGGAAGAGCUGGGCAUCAGGAGCAAGAAGGAGCCACCCAAACUCACCACACCGUACAUCACCAAGACAGACGCCUACACACCAGUGGUCCACAUCGAAGGCUCUUUGGGUCAAGUCGCUGUCUCCACGUGUUAUUCUCCGCGCCGUGCCAUCGGUGCAGUCCAUGCAGUCCAAACUCACAACCCUCUCGAGGAACAAAAAGACACCAGACAACAGCGACUAGAGAUUCUCAGCAAAAUAGAAAAGUUGUUAAUAGCUUUGCUGGAGGUGGAGGAAACUGAGAGGAUGAAGACCGCGGUUUUAUCUGAAGCAGAAGAAAUAAGAUUAAUGGAAAAAACUCAGAGGAAAGUGGAGCACAUCUACUCUCAGCUGCAGCAACACAACGCUCCAGAUUCAGGAGACGAGUUUCUUCCUUUCUUGAGUGUCUCGAAGGGCAAAAAGCUUCUCGCUCGUCUGCUGCCCUUCUUGAAGAACGAUUCAGCGCUGAAGGUCUUGCACAUCGUCGCCUCCAACCUUCCUACGCUGAUAAGCAGAGACACCGAGGAGGACCUUCCAGUUCUUUACCCGUCACUCCGAAAUGUGAUCGGCGUUCUGACGUUCAGUCAGCUCAUCAACGUUCUCAAAGACCUGACGUCUUCAGAGUCUCCGUCGACCUUCGAGUGCCUCUCCCUGACCUGUCAGAACAAGUUUGGACUCAGCUUGCUGUACGCUCUUCUUUCCCACGGAGAGAAACUUCUUUCUUCAGGCGUUCCUCUUGAGCCCAGCAUUGGCGACUUUGAGACCUGGACUGACAUGAUUUUCCAGGUAGCGGGACAGCUGUCCCAGUGUUCGCUGGUGGAGCCGCUCCUCCUCCCAUCAAACCUGCUGACGCUCUUUUGCAGAUACCUCGACAAGCGUACUGUGCAUCAACUAAAAAGCAACUUGGAGUCUGCAACCAGCUGCCUGGUUCUACCAUCUUAAGGAAACUGGCUAAAGAGAUGCCAAGUUAAACUCCAGGUUUGUUGGACCCAAAAUGGAGGAAGCGGAGUCUUCAGUACCAAGUAUAACAGAAGUUGUGUAAUAGAUUUGUUUUUUGUUUAUAAUCCUCACCCUCACUUAAUCACAUUUUGCAUCUUAAACUGUUUCCCUUUUUUAUUUCCUUUGUUUGCUUUUCCUCCCUUUAGCCUCCACAAAGCAGCUUAAACCCAUUUCUUUUAACGUUUCUAACAUUAUCAGAACGAUCAAUUUAAGAUGAGUUUCAUAAUUUAUAAUACUGGAACUAUGUUAAUUAUAUUGACCAUAUAUAUAUAUGGCCAACAUUAGGUAAUGCAGUUUUGUAAAAUUGUAAAAAAUGUGUUGUAUAAUGCUAAAUGGGAUUUGUUUGACACAAUUUUCAAUCUUAAGUUUCAUCUGUAAAAAAUGUAUUUUAUUUAUUGUAUUAAUUUGGAAACUGAAACGAUUUAAA